GUUCCUAGAUAUGAACUUCACCCUGUUAGUUAGAUUUUUGCUUGUCAGUACAGGUAUCCGACAUUUCAUAUUCAAGUUGUGCUCGCUAAAUUCCAGCGUUUGUUGACAUACCCUCAGUUCACACGCGCUUGUGUUUUCUAGUUCACAAUGGCAGUAGAUUGGCUGGGUUUUGCUUAUGCUGCAGCCAUUGCGCUGGGAGGAUUUAUGGGAUAUAAAAGAAAAGGAAGUGUGAUGUCAUUAAUUGCUGGACUGUUCUUUGGAAGUGUGUCUGCAUAUGGCGCAUAUAGAAUAUCUUUUGACCCCCAUGAUUACUGGCCUUCUUUAAUUGCUUCUGGUGCACUGGCUGUUGUGAUGGGAAUGAGAUUCAGGAAGUCUGGAAAAUUGAUGCCUGCGGGCAUUAUGGCAGGGUUAAGCCUCCUGAUGGUUUUGCGACUUCUGAUCUUCUAGGAGUUACAUCGACAGACCACAUUGGGACUAUUUUGACAAUAUGAACCAACUACACAGUUUGCCAUGUUUACAGAGUGUUUGCAUUUCACAUUAAUUUCUCCGUGUACAUAAUCUUGUAACUUGUUCAUUCCAAAUGCAUGUCAUUGUUAGUGCUUUAGUUAACAUUAACGUGUUAACAUUUGACCAAAAGCUUAUAAAUGUUUAAGUAACUCAAUGUCAUGUUAUCAAAUAAAAACCCCAAAAGACAACCAC